ACAAACCAAUCUACACUGGGAUGAGCAUAUUGGAUCUUUCCAAGCUCUUCAUGUAUGAAUUUCAUUAUGGCUUCAUCAAAAAACAAUAUGGGGAAAAAGUAAAGUUACUGAUGAGGGAUACUGACUCUCUGUUCUACAGAUUUGAAGUUGAAGACAUGUACAAAGAGAUAAACAAAUAUAUUGAUUUGUUUGAUACGUCAAAUUAUCCGAGAGAUCAUUUCCUGUUCAGUGAAAAACACAAGAAGGUUGUUGGUAAAAUGAAAGAUGAAACUGCAUCUCAUCCAAUCCUUGGAUUUGCUGGAUUACGACCCAAAAUGUAUUCAUUCAUUGUUUACGAUGAGAAAAAAACUCAAGUGAAAAAAGCGAAAGGAAUCUCCAAAUCAGUAGUAAACAAAGAAUUGACCUAUCAGAACUAUGUGAAUUGCCUUUUGAGCAGUAAAUUAGAGAGACAUACAAUGAACUCUAUAAGGAGUGAUAAUCAUAAUCUGUUUCUUAAAGCCAUCAACAAAAUUUCCUUGUCCUCAUUUGACGACAAACGUUGGUGGUUGGAGCCUAACGGUAUUGAAGGAUUUUCUUAUGGACACUAUGCGACCAAAGGUCAAAUCAAUGAAUAA